UGUUGGAGGUGUGGCUCUAAAUAAGUCACGCCCAUAGUUAUGAAUAAUGGCAGCUUAUGCCAAUGGAAUAGAAAUUACUCAGGAGACGAUCAGCCCGGCCUCUUCUCCUCCUUCUACAGUCAAGAGACCCUCGGGAAAAGGAGAAAAGAAAGAGGCCAUGAGUAGUAAAGGAGACUCUCAUUCUUCCCUCGUACACCAGUCCCAGAAAGGACGCCAUUACGGGACGGUAGGGAAAGGAAGACAUAGAGAGAAUGGACACCUGAUACACAAUAUCACUGCCUCGGACACCCUCCAAGGGAUAGCUCUUAAAUACGGAGUAACGAUUGCUGACAUACAGAGAUCUAAUCUGUUGCUAGGCAAUGAGUCGAUACACAGAUACAAGAUACUCAAGAUUCCUCUCAGUGUCUCCUCCUCCCCCCAGUCCUCCCCAAGUCUCGACCAUCGGAAAACAGAAACAAGAACUUCCACUUCUCAACUCGUUUCCUCAAUGGAGGAAGAGGAGGAGGAGGUGAAACGAAAACCGUCGUCCCUCGUGGCUGGAGAAAGGGAUAUCAUGAGUCUUCUUAAUGCUGUGGAUCAGCAGCUGUUAGUAUCGAAAUCCUUUGCUGAUAAACUGGCGGAAAAAAAGUAAGUGAUAAAGUGAGUGAGAGAGAGAAAAGGGAAAUA